UUGCCUGUUUGUUAAGAAUGGCCUUCGCACUCAAAGCUCUCUGCCUGGUCGCGCUUGCAGCGGUUUUCUGCCAGUCCAGUGAGGCGUUUCUGCCAGGCAGAUGCUCGUGUGUGGACACAAUACCAUUUGUCCCACGGAAUCUCAUGGCGGAGUUUUCUGUCAUUCCACCGCAGUCUCUAUGCACCAAAACCAACAUCAUUGCGAAACUGACCGACGGGAAAAGGACUUGUCUGGAUCCAGAGAGCAAACAGGGCAAGGUACUGCAGCAGUGCUGGGCCAGAUGUUCCAUUGAGCGUUCCCUCUCCGACCCUGACGAAAUCGCCCCGCCGCUGUUGCAGAUUCAGAUGUCAAACCUUCAGCCGUCUCAGAGGCAACACUGUCACUUCAGCACCUCCCCCUGGGGCCUCCGAAUCUGCGAUUACUUUCAAGGAGCCCAGGGAGAGUAA